ACGUACACAAUAAUUCCUUGUUAUCACACAACCUCAUAUUACACUGCUGAUUUCUUAGUUCAUUCAUUCACUCUCCAAAGAAACCGUCGAUUCGAGAAUGGGCAACGACGGCAUGCCGGCGGCGGUGGCGGCGCUUGAGCUCACUGACGCCUUCAGCUGGUGGCACGACAUCGACAACUCUCCGCUGUGGCAGGAUCGUAUCUUUUACACACUCGCCGUGCUCUACGGUGUCGUGGCCACAGUAGCUUUGGUUCAACUGUUUCGGAUACAAUUGAGAGUACCGGAGUAUGGUUGGACCACGCAGAAGGUCUUUCACUUUCUCAAUUUUUUGGUGAACGGGGUUCGGUGUUUAGUUUUCAUCUUCUUUCGAAACGUACAGAGGUUGAAGCCAGAGAUUGUUCAACACAUCCUGAUUGACGUGCCAAGUCUUGCUUUCUUUACAACAUAUGCCCUUUUGGUUCUGUUCUGGGCUGAGAUUUAUUACCAGGCACGUGCUGUAUCGACUGAUGGACUGAAACCAAGUUUCUAUACAAUUAAUAUUGUGGUUUAUGUUGUUCAGAUUGCUUUAUGGCUAAUAUUGUGGUGGAAACCCGUCAGUGCACUGCUCGUUCUGUCUAAGAUGUUCUUUGCAGGUGUCUCUUUGUUUGCAGCCCUUGGCUUUCUUCUCUACGGUGGAAGACUGUUCUUAAUGCUACAACGCUUUCCUGUUGAAUCUAAAGGGCGACGUAAGAAGCUGCAAGAGGUUGGCUAUGUGACAACCAUAUGUUUUUUAUGUUUCCUUGUCAGAUGCAUUAUGAUGUGCUUUAAUGCGUUUGAUAAAAAUGCGAACCUCGAUGUCUUGGAUCAUCCUAUUUUAAACUUCGUAUAUUACCUGUUGGUGGAAAUAUUGCCUUCGUCUUUGGUUCUUUUCAUUUUGAGGAAGCUGCCACCUAAGCGUGGUAUCACGCAAUAUCACCCAAUUCGCUGAAAAGGGGAGUUAUCAGUGGUUCACUAUUUUCUUGGAUGGUUAUCACGGUCCAAGGAUAAUUUUUUAGAGUAGAGAGACAAGUCAGUCUUCUAUGUUCAGUGGCAAAGCUUGUAUCACAAAACGUGAUAUUUCAUGUAUUCUCACAUUGAGCUCUGUUAUCACUUAUCUUUGAUAUUUGCUUUGUUUCUAGGACAGUAUGGUUAGUUUUGUGAUCAAGCAUUUGGACACAAUGAACAACCAUAAUUGGAAGAAGGGGAUAGUGAUAUCUUGUAUAAAUAGUGUUUUGAACUGCUACGAGUUCGUAAAAUGUAUUGUUCCUUUAAUUUCUUAGUCGUACCAACCAGCUUACUACAAUGAUUUCUGCUAACAUUCUACUUUUACUUCUU